AAUCACAAAGAUUAAUGCUCUCCAAAUAUUACACAUUAAAUGAAAUAAUUAAGUGUUAAGUCAUACAAUACAUUUCUGCAUAAAAAAAUAUAUAUUUUGUUUGUAAAUUGAUCACAAAUAAACGUAAAAUCCAUCAGAUCUUGCUCAAAUACUGCUCAGAUACUAACUAUAGCGCCUUCUCUCUCCCCUUUUUCCGCAAAAUAUCUCGCAAAAAACUUACUCAGCACAAAAUGUCUACGAUGCGGUGCCUGACAAAUUUCCCAAAACAACAAAUACAAUAAAUUUCAACAUCAAAUAUGAAUCAGUCGCCUUGACGCCGAGCAGCUGCAGCCGAGCAUAUUAUGGCCACAAGCGACAAGGAUCGCCUUCGACCAGAAUGCCAACGAGGGGUUACACUGCGACAGGGUUAUACGCCUGGCACCAAGUACACUGACAAUGUCUGCAGCGGCUCAAGGGCUAGAGGGCUAGAGGCGAGUGCGCGUGUGACGCGUCGCGAUGUUGUCGCCGCUGACCGCCAAAUGCGCAUUACACAUUGAGGCAAACAGUGUCGGUGAUAUUUCGCAAAUAACUUAAUGCAAAAGACAUCUAUGAAAUAUGAAGAAAUGUGUGUGAAAUAUUAUGCGCAAGAAAAAAAUCGUGAAAUUCGAAUGUAAAGUACAUAGAAAGCAGACAAAAGGCGAGCAAAAGAUUUAACAAAGUCUCGCCAAAACGAAACAAAAAUAAAACACACAUAUGCCCGUGAAAAUUCUUAAAAACAAAAAACAAAUACAAUAACAUACAAUAAAAUAAAACAAAACAAAGUAAUACGUGUGUACUCAUAAGUGAGACACAUUUGAAACAUUUGCUUGAGCCGUGUCUACCUCAUUUGCAAUAAAACUUUGCGCAUUGCUGUCGUCACGUCGUCGUGUCACAUCAUUAUUUUCGGCCUGCGCGCCGGUUACCAACGCCAGCAGCAAGCAACACUUCUUUGCCUGUGCCAACAACACACAUUCACCUUGCACUAUAGCUGUUUUGCUCAAUUUAUUUUGUUCGUAUUCAGCAUUUGGUUUCGCAGCUCUUCAUUUUUGUUGUUAUUACCAAUUUUGUUAGUUUUGUUCGUGCAGCGCAUGCGCUGCGGCGCAUCAAUCGCCCCGCCACAUGUUCGACUCGGAUACCGACGAUGAAUAUAUCCGCGAGUAUGCCUUUGAGCCGGAAUUGCUGAUCAAUCGCGAUGAUUAUCUUAAGCGCGAGGAACAAAAGGAGAAGGAGCAACGGGAGGCGAUUAAGCGACGCUCCUCGUUGCGGCGCAAAUCGCAGCGCAAAGCUAGCGUGGAUAGUUAUGAUAGUGGUGGACAGCAGAAGAAUCAAAUUGAUGUCGAAAUCGAAGCAUUCUAUUAUAUGUAUGGCCGCUAUACCAAAGAUUUAGGAGAAUUUGCCAAAGAUGAAGCCAGAAAACUCAAAUUACUCGAGAAACGCCGAAAGCAAGAAGACAAACAAAGGAACAAGGAAUUGCUGGGCAAACGUUCGUCGCGCAUGCUAAAAGUCUCAUCAUGGAUAUGGAAACGUACAUUUGCGCGCCUCGGCGAAGAUUGGGUAUUCUUAGCGCUGCUGGGUGUCAUAAUGGCCUUCGUAUCGUAUGUGGUGGACAAAGGCAUCAAUAUUUGUACAAAUGCGCGGGUGUGGCUCUAUCGCGAUCUCACCUCCCAGCCGAUCACACAGUAUUUCGCGUGGGUCUCACUGCCGGUCUGUUUGAUACUCUUCUCAGCCGGCUUUGUGCAUCUCGUUGCGCCGCAAAGUAUAGGUUCGGGUAUACCUGAAAUGAAAACGAUUCUGCGUGGCGUUGCGCUGAAAGAGUAUCUCACAUUUAAGACAUUGGUGGCCAAGGUUGUUGGUUUAACGGCAACUUUGGGCAGUGGUAUGCCAUUAGGAAAGGAAGGUCCUUUCUGUCACAUAGCAAGUAUUGUAGCACAAUUAUUAAGUAAGCUCGUCACAUCAUUCCAAGGCAUCUAUGAGAAUGAGUCUCGCAAUUCGGAGAUGUUGGCCGCAGCGUGUGCGGUCGGCGUGGGUUCGUGUUUUGCCGCGCCCGUCGGUGGUGUACUGUUUAGUAUCGAGGUAACGACCACUUAUUUUGCGGUGCGUAAUUAUUGGCGUGGCUUCUUUGCGGCUGUCUGCGGUGCAACGGUGUUUCGUCUUUUGGCUGUUUGGUUCCACAAUGCGGACACAGUGCGUGCGAUAUUUCUCACAAAUUUCACCACCGAAUUCCCUUUCGAUCCGCAGGAGUUGUUCGUAUUUGCCCUAAUGGGCGUUGUCUCCGGUGUUGGUGGCGCUGCCUACGUUUGGGUACAUCGCCGCUAUGUGCUCUUCAUGCGUUCGAAUAAGAAGAUGAACAAAUUUCUGCAAAAGAAUCGCUUCCUCUAUCCGGGCUUUCUGGCGCUGCUUGUCUCUACACUCUCAUUUCCAUUAGGACCCGGUCAAUUUAUCGCUGGCGAAUUAAGCACACAUGAACAAGUCACACAGUUAUUCAGCAAUUUCACGUGGUCACGUGACGAUCUCACUGUGGAACAGGCGGCCAUAGUUACGCAUUGGGUCACCAGUUACACCAACAUAUUCAUCAAUCUUUCCAUAUACAUUGUGUUCACUUUUUUCAUUUCCAUUGUAGCCUCAACCAUACCAGUGCCUUCCGGUAUUUUCAUACCCGUAUUUAAAAUCGGCGCCAGUUUGGGUCGUCUCAUUGGUGAGAGCAUGCAUUUGUGGUUCCCGAACGGCGUGCGCUACGGCGGUCGCCUAUCGCCCAUCAUACCCGGCGGUUACGCAGUUGUUGGUGCGGCGGCAUUUUCCGGCGCCGUGACGCAUACCGUUUCGGUAGCGGUAAUCAUCUUCGAGAUGACCGGCCAGAUAACGCACGUUGUACCGGUGAUGAUCGCAGUGUUAAUAGCGAACGCCAUUGCAGCCCUUCUACAACCGUCCAUGUACGACAGCAUUAUAUUGAUUAAGAAGCUGCCGUAUCUGCCCGAUUUGCUGCCGUCCAGUUCGGCGAUGUACAGUAUUUAUGUGGAGGAUUUUAUGGUACGAGAUGUGAAGUACAUCUGGCAUGGCAUUUCGUAUCAAAAACUCAAGGAGGUGCUGAAGGCGAACAAAACGCUACGAUCUCUACCGCUGGUCGAUAGUCACGAGAAUAUGAUACUGCUCGGCUCUGUGCAACGUUAUGAAUUGAUCAAAAUGAUCGAGAAGCAUAUCGGACGUGAGAAACGCAUGGAGGUGGCACAAAAGUGGCAAAAGGAGGCAGAAGAACGCGCGCGCGAAGAAGAGAAGAAAAAACAGGAGGCCGAGUUGAGAGUUCGUCGUCCGUCACGUUUCGAAGUACUGCCCGCACCCGAUAUACUCAGUCUACGUCAAAUCGCCAACGAUGAAAUGCUGCCGCCCAAACAACGUCAGGAGUCAUUCACUAACAACGUGGGACCACGCAAAUCCAUUUUAAAAAAGACAAACUCAUUCAAUCUAAAAACCUAUGCACCUACCUCACCGCACAGCCCGAACAUUACGCCCUACACCACCAUCACUGGCACUGAGCAUCGCAUACGCUCCGCCUUCGAAGCGAUCUUUCGCAAAUCGAACACACUGCAGGAUGUCCAACCGGAUCCGGAUGCUACCAGCAUAACGCCGGCGGUCAGCGCCAACGAAGUGCCACUCGUACAGCGUGCCCCCAGCAUUUCGAAGAAGGUUCAAUUGCAAGCACAAAAUACUACGGAGUCUGCGCCUCUCGAGCAUAAGCCAACACCUCCGGAUACGCCGGAUAGCAUAAAAAGCAAUAUAUUUUCCCAAUUAGCUCCCAAUUCUCCGGGUCCAUCGAAGAAGUUUAAGAAAAAUAACUGCAUUCGACCGCGAAGCUUAAGCUCAUCGCCAGUCCAUGCCAAAGUUAAAAUGAAGUUAGCGAACACAAGAUGGGAUCAAGCGAUGUUGCCACCACCGCCAAAAAAAGGCAUACUCCGAAAGUCACACUCGACGACAGAUUGUUCCAAUCACCGAACAAACGCAAUCAAAUGGAAUACACUCACGGAUAACACCCAUGCAAUGACGGAUAAGGAUGAGCCAAAAGCAAUGAGUAUGAAAAAGGCGAAAUCGGUGACCUUGCCACGUGAACGCGUGAUCGAUAUGUCGCCGGAAGAUCAGAAGAAAUGGGAAAUGGAAGAAAUGUCCAAGUCCAUCGAUCUGGAGAAGGCCAGUGUAAAUAUCGAUCCAUCGCCAUUUCAACUGGUCGAACGCACCUCGAUACUCAAAGUUCAUUCGCUUUUCUCAAUGGUUGGCAUAAAUCAUGCCUAUGUGACGAAAAUCGGACGCCUAGUGGGUGUUGUGGGUCUGAAAGAGCUGCGCAAAGCUAUUGAGGACAUCAAUAGCAAUAAUUUCGUAGUACAAAAUCAAAUAAAAGACGAUAUUGAAGCCGAUCAUGGUUCGGCUGUUGAGAAGCCAUUAUUGGCGCCACCAUUGCCGCUGUCACCGCAUGCCACCAGUGACAAGGAGGUUAACACCACGGUGACCUCCAUGGACUCAGCACUCUCACAUUCGGAUAAUUGCUCUGACAUUGAAAUGGAGCAUAUGAAGGGCGAGAGUAGCGGCGAAGAACAAUCACAACACCAACAAGAUAACACAACACAAUACAAUCAACAAACAUACACACAUACAGCCACAACAACAACAACGGGCACACCAUCAACAACUAAGUCGAACAAUGAGCCAUAGCAGACAGGCAAAUAACAAAUACAUACUAUACAUAUACAUAUACAUUAGGGUGUACAUUAUAUCACCAGUUUUUUUUUUUUUGCAAACGCCCCCUGAAGUUUCAGUUUUUGCUGUGAAAAUUGUUAUACAACCUAAACAAGCUCUUUAUUUUCAAUUUAAAUCGUGCCUGAGUCAUGUUUCUUUUCUUAUGUAUAUAUAACAUGGAGUUUUUUAAUAUUUUGUAUUAAACAAGCAAACGUACAAUUUUUAUAAAAUGAUUUUCUAAUUCUAAAUUUAGCGCUCAACAAAAAAGUUCUUAAUGAUUUUUUCCAUAAAAUCACUCCUUUAAAAGUUAUAUGCAUUGAGUGCAGUGAGCAUUCCAUACAAGAGUGCUAAGUAUGCGUACGAGUACACCAUGACGUAUGAGCUACACAGAAUUUAUAAGGCACUUGUACGAGUGAGAAUGCGCAACAAAUUUGUUGCCCAACUUUAACUGCGUAUAACUUUUAAAGGAAAGCUUUUAUGGAAAAAAUUAAUAAAAACCUUUUUGUAGAGCGUCAUAUUUUUUACUAGAAUAUGCACUCUUAAAAGUUGUAGGUUCAUUUGAUUUGGUGAUAAAGAGUUUAUUGCAAAAGAGCAUGUUAAAUACGAGUAUAUGGGAGUAGUUAAAUGAUUUCGGACCGUUUGAAAUUGAAAAUAAGGGGCUUUUUCCGUUGCAUAAUUUCAGUUAGAGCAAAAACGGAAACUUCAGGGGGCGCUUGCAAAUAUAAAAUCAACCUGGGAAAUGACAGACAGCCUAAUAUACAUAUAUGUACAUACAUACAUAGGCAUAUGUAGGUAUUUAAGUGAAGUUGUAUUGGAAAAAAAGGCAAACUAAACUAAAUUGUAUUAAAAUUUAGCAAAUAGUAUUUUUAAAUAAUUACAUGAUGUACAUAUAUAUAAAUACUAAUAAUUAUAUUGCAAGUAGAGAGUAAAUAUGUAAUUGCAUAAAUGGUAGAAUUUUAGAACUUUAGCAGCUCAUGUAAAUAUUAUAAGUCGAAACGUUAGUUAGCAUUGUGUUAUAUUUUUAAUAAGCUCCAAUUUCCAAACACAAACACACACAUACAACAUAUACAUACAUAUACAUAGAUACUCGUAUGUAAAAUAAGUUGUACACAGAAUGUACACAAAGAUGAACGAUAUUAAAGCUAUAAGCUAAAUUUAAACACAUUUCCCUUACGAAUUUGUUAUAAAAUUUUCAAGAACAUUGCUUUGAUAGCAAACUGAAGCUGAAAAAAAUCUGCAUACUUAUUUUUUAAGCAAAAUAUUUUUAAUUAAAUUACACAUCGAUUAAUACCCAAUGACUAAAAGUUCUAUUAUCAUGCUUUAACAAUUUAUAUUUUUUAUAAUUUAUCACAAUAUUAAUGCUGGCAGGUUUCUCCCACAAAAUCGCAGACGAAACGUGCCAUUUGGUAUUCAGUUAGUAGCCAUUCAGGCGUAACGCUUUAAUGAAACCGAAAAUCCCAAUUUCAGGCAAAAUCAAAGUGAAAACGUGCAGUCAGUAGUAUUUACAAUUUAAAUAUACAUACAUACACACAUGCUUAUAUAUAAGUAAUAAUUGCAAUAAAUACAUGCAUAUAUACACAUAUACAUACAUGCAGUUGUUAUGUAUGUGUGAUAAAAUAAAGUAGCGUAUAGUGAUAUUACAAACCAUUGUUUGUGCUCGUAUACAUAUGUACAUGCAUACGAACAAACUAUGUGACUGGCAACUGUAAACCAAAUAUAAGUAUUUUCUAAGAAAAAAAUUAAUAUAAAAACACGCAAAUUGUUUAUUAAAGUAUUUAAUUUAAACUUGUAUGUAAGAUAAGAAACGUAACGAACAUUUAUGUACAUAAAAUUUAACGAGAAUUAAAGUAAAAAAAAGGAUCGUCCAGCGAAA